AUGGCAAAAACAAUCGAACUCGAUCGUGAAAAAUAUGAAAAGUUCGUGAAAGAGCGCCUGGAAGCGGAUUAUCGGAUAAUCGUUGAGGCGAUGAACAAAGUUGUUGAUGAAAUUCGCGAAUAUGAAGCUUUAUUAUUGUGCAUCUCAAAACUUAAGGAAUCUCAGAUCGAUGAGGGCUUGGAAACUAUGGUAAAUGUCGGCAAAAAUAUAUUCUGUGAAGCAGUUGUAACGAAAUGCAAUCGGUUGAUUGUUAAGCUAUGCGACGAUCUGUUCGCAGAAUUGACUUUGGAAAGGGCUGAGUUCUUUAUUAUGAAUCGAAUAAAAUUGCUAAAUGAACGAGCCGGUGUAUAUGAACGCGAAGCUUUUUCAAUACAUGCAAGAAAAGAUUUAAUUCUAAGUUCACUUGAUCAGUUCACGCUAAAUCAUCAAAAUGCUUCGAAAGAAUUCCCCGAUGAUAUUGUUAGGAUUAUUGCUGAAAUAUCGAAAAUGCUCGCACAGGAACUCCUUGAAAGAAGUGCAAUUAAUGCAAGAGAUGGGCUAUCGAAUCAAGUGACAUUGGAGAAUUUUCAUCGAAUUAUCGUCCAAGCCAUUCUCGAUUUUUCUCUUUAA